UGCGGGGCGCCACCUCUUGGGCUCCGCUAGUCGCGGGCGCCAGCGGCAGCCUCCGGGAGUUGCGGGCUCCGCAGGACGCUGGUGUCCCCCAUAGGGCCAGCGCGGCGCGGCCGGGGCCUCCUCGCCAUGGCUCCCCUUUCCGCGCGGCUGCUGAUGGAGCGGGGGCGACCCAAGACCGACCGGCUGGGGAAGAUCCGGAGCCUGGACCUGUCAGGGCUGAAGCUGCUCUCAGAGCACUUGGACCCCAAGCUCCUUAGCCGUCUGAAGAAGCUGCAGGAGCUGGACCUCUCCAACAACCAGCUGGAGACACUACCUGCCAACCUGGGCCUGUCCCACCUGCGCAUCCUCCGCUGCGCCAACAACCAGCUGGGGGACGUCACUGCCUUGUGCCAGUUUCCGCAGCUGGAGGAGCUCAGCCUGGAGGGCAACCCCUUCCUGACAGUCAGUGACAACCUGAAAGUCUCCUUUCUCCUGCCCAAGCUGCGUAAGGUCAAUGGCAAAGAUGCUUCCUCCACUUCCUCUCAGGUGGAGAAUCUGAACCGGGAGCUGACCAGCAGGGUCGCAGCUCACUGGGAGAAGUUCAUGGCCUCACUGAGCCCUGAGGAGGCAGCUGAGAAGGCCCAGGAGGACUUUGUGAGGUCUGCCGUCAGGGAUGUCCACUAUGGGCCUGAGUCCCUCAGCGAGUUUACCCAGUGGCGGGUGCGGAUGAUCUCUGAGGAGCUGGUGGCAUCUGGUGGGACCCAAAUGCAUGAGGCUGAUAUCCCGGAGAAGUCCCUAAAAGCCACAGCUGUCCAGGAGUCCAGGGCCAGGCCUGUGUCCUCAAAACGGCUGGAUGAUGUCCCACUCGGCCUCUCCCCCAGCAAGCGGGUGUGCACCUCCCCACUGGCCCAGGCGGAGGGCUGCCCUGUGGGCUCUGGUGGCAGCCAGCCUGCCCCGAAGUUGGAGCCCCUGCAUUUCCUCCAGUGCCACAGCAAGAACAACAGUCCUCAGGAUCUGGAGACCCAACUCUGGGCCUGCGCCUUCGAGCCAGCCUGGAACGAGGGGCACACGCGGGCCACGUCCCAGACCGUGGCCACGUGCGGCGGGGAGGCCGUGUGUGUGAUAGACUGCCAGACGGGCAUCGUGUUGCACAAGUACAAGGCACCUGGCGAGGAGUUCUUCUCAGUGGCCUGGACAGCCCUGACCGUGGUCACACAGGCAGGCCACAAGAGGCGCUGGAGCAUACUGGCGGCUGCAGGCCUGCGGGGCCAGGUCCGGCUGCUGCACGUGCGCGCUGGCUUCUGCUGCGGCGUCAUCCGCGCCCACAAGAAGGCCAUCGCCACCCUCUGCUUCAGCCCCACCCACGAGACCCACCUCUUCACGGCCUCCUACGACAAGAGGAUCAUCCUCUGGGACAUCGGGGUUCCUGACCAAGAUUACAAUUUCCAGGCGAGCCCGCUGCUCACACUCGAUACGACCUCCACCCCCCUGCGCCUCUGCCCUGUGGCCUCCUGUCCAGAUGCCUAUCUGCUGGCUGGCUGCGAGGGUGGCUGCUGCUGCUGGGAUGUGCGGCUGGACCAGCCUCAAAAGAGGAGGGUGUGUGAAGUGGAGUUCAUCUUCUCUGAGGGCUCAGAGGCAUCUGGCCAGAGAGUGGACGGGCUGGCAUUUGUGAAUGAGGAUGUCAUAGCCUCCAAGGGGAGUAACCUGGGCACCAUCUGCCUGUGGAGCUGGAGCCAGACGUGGCUGGGCCGGGACAGCCGGUCCCCAGUGCCGGUGGUGGUCCUGGCUCGGCUGCAGUGGUCACCCACAGAGUUGGCCUAUUUCUCACUCAGCACCUGUCCUGAUGAGGGGACUGUGCUCUGUGGAGAUGAAGAAGGCAGCGUGUGGAUCUACGAUGUCAGGCACAUGCUGACCCAGCAGCCCCCACCGCCGGCAGCGCCACAGGCCCCCACACAGGUACAGCUCGGCCCUCUCCUCCUUGCGGGGGACUGGUGCAGCAUGAGGGGCCUGGUAUCCGGGAAGGAGCCCAGCCCCCCUCUCUGUUCCCACCAGAUCCUGAAGUGGCCUCAGCCCCGAGCCCUCAACCAGACAGUGACCAAGACUAUGGUGAACACGGUGGUGGCCAACCCCACCUUUACCUACCUCACGGCUCUGACGGACUCCAACAUUGUAGCCAUCUGGAAGAGACACUAGCCUCCAGCCACUGAGUGCCAGGGAUACCACUUAACUUAUUCAACUUUUGGGGAAAGGAUGGGGAUCUUCCUAUGAGUGAAUAUUUUUAUUAAAUGCUCUACUAUGGAAAAGAAGCCUGG